CAUCCCCACGCACGAGUCAGUUCCCCAAACACACACACACACACACACACACACACCCCAAAUCGUUUCACGGUCCAUAGCAAACACACACAUGCACGCGCGCUGUACACGCGAGAGUUAUCAGUAAGUUGCAGAAGACUUUACUGGCGCUCGUUCAUCAUCUUCAUCAUCAUCUUCAUCAAAAACUUCUCACCUCGUUCACAACUGUAAUCUCGCAGAGGUAACAAAGCACGCGCCUCCAGAAUUUACCGGAUCUGCCCCAGGUACGGCAUGGAUAAACACCCGGAGGAGAGGAAAGCAUCUUCAGAGCCCGGCUCGGUCCCCGCGCGCCGCUGGCCCUCUCUCACAGCCGCCGCCGCCGUGUGUCUCGCGCUGUCGCUCGGUGCUCUGGCCGCGUGCUGUUUCACGGUGAUCAAGGCGCGCGAGAUGGAGAGCAGAGUGCGCGCGCUGGAGCUGGAGCUGAAGACCGGCGGCCCGGUGACCGACGAGCUGCAGGGCUCCGUCCGAAGUCUGGUGCAAGAAACGAUGAGCGAGCUGAUGCCCAAACUCCGCAUGGCGCGAGACGUGAACCAUGAAUGCGUCUGUCCUCCAGGUCCUCCAGGAAAGCGGGGCAGGAUAGGAAGACGAGGAGAUCCCGGACCUCCAGGGAAAACUGGACGUGAUGGCUACCCGGGGCCCCUCGGCAUGGACGGUAAACCCGGUCCUCCUGGGCAAAAAGGAAGUCAGGGGCCAGCUGGACCAAAGGGAGAUAAGGGUGAUCAAGGAGAGAUUGGGCCACGGGGUCAGGCCACUCAUGCAGGCCUGUACAGUAAUCAGAUUCCCAUCAAGGGUGACCAAGGCCAGGCCGGUCCACCAGGUCCUCCAGGCCCUCCUGGCCCCCCUGGGCCAAGAGGUCCUCCUGGAAACACAGGAAAGGAUGGACCCCGGGGCCCUUCUGGAGAACAAGGUGCCCCUGGGAACAAUGGACAUCAGGGCCCGAGAGGGUUAGCAGGUGAUCCGGGUGAAGAUGGUCAACCAGGCAUCCCUGGCCUACAGGGACCCCCGGGGUCGAAGGGAGAACGUGGCGAACACGGAGCCAAAGGUGACCGAGGCAUGGACGGACUCCCUGGCCUUAAAGGAGAUAAAGGAGAAGUCGGAGAAACAGGACCUCAAGGGGAAAUGGGUCUCACAGGAGAGAAAGGUGCAUCAGGCUCAAGCGACGUCAUCGCCUUCAACGACAAACUGCUAGACGCUUUUCAGGGACCUCCGGGUCCUCCUGGACCUCCUGGACCUCAAGGACCACCAGGAAACGACGGGACAAAGGGAGAGCUGGGUUUACCUGGACCAGCUGGAGUGGAUGGAGAGAAGGGGGCAAAAGGAGAUGCUGGAGAAGCAGGAACCCGUGGAGAGAGAGGAGAGAAGGGAGAGAUGGGACUCUCUGGUCCUGCUGGAAUCGAUGGACAGAAAGGAGAGAAAGGAGACAGCAGACUGGAGGACAACCUGGUUCAGAUGAUUUCUCAGCCGGGACCACCUGGACCUCCAGGACCACGAGGACCGCCGGGAUUUAUGGGUCAUCCUGGUGUUCCUGGUCCGAAGGGUGAUCUAGGAGAGAGUAUUAAAGGAGAGAAAGGAGACAGUGGUGUUCCAGGAAACCCGGGAGCUCUGGGCCCACAGGGACCCAUGGGUCAGACAGGGUUGGUCGGCCUUCCGGGAUCCAAAGGAGAAAAAGGGAAACAAGGAGAACCUGGAUUAGACGGAUUUCCUGGGCUUACAGGGGAUAAAGGAGACACGGGGCCUAAAGGAGAAAAGGGCGAUCGUGGUUCUGUAGGGAAGAGAGGGCUGAAGGGGCAGAAAGGAGAGCAGGGGCCGCCCGGGUUAGAUCAGCCCUGUCCUGUGGGUUCAGAUGGACUUCCAAUCCCAGGCUGCUGGCACAAGUGAUGACUAACACGAAGCGUAAUCGGAUAUCUGUACAUAUUCCCACAUCAAUACAACCCCCGAUUCUUUUCUUUGUAAUAAAAGACUUCGAUGAUUGUUCAUCAGCCAAAGAAUUACAUACUAUAUAAAUAGAUAGAUAGAUAUAAACUGUAUAUUUUUCAAAUGACAUUCUCUGGACUGGACUAGGAGAUUGUAUAGGCUGUCUUUUAACCCGCAUCGGACAAAUUGGAGGAGCAAAGAAUGAUUUUGUUUCCUCCACUGCAUGAGAGUGUGCACCGUGAACUUGCCGUGGUCAGCGCCCGAAUCGGGAACGUUCUCCAUUCUGUUUUUUGAAGGACGAGGGAACGAUGCAGAGAAUAAAGCGCAAGCGUCUGUCGCAGCCUUGAGGCACGUGGUGGGAGGAGGGAAAACGAUCGGUGGCUCAACACAGGAGCGUCUUCGUGAUGAACUGAAGCCUGGAGGAGUUGUUUUUGCUCUGGAGGGCACGUGGGAAUGUAGCGGAUCCCGUGACGGAUUUUCCAUCCAGCGAGGAUGUUAAGACACUAGCUCUUUACUAGCUGAUGGAUCGAGAGCGUCUGAUACGGAAUCUGGAAGAGUUUUUUGAUAUCUAACUUUGAGUACCAGUUCUUUUGAUUUGCUUGAGUUGAUCAUAUGCUUUUAUUUUGAAACAUUUUUUUGGGAUAUUAUUCAUCCAGAUGACCUGGUCGCUCGCGCGGUUCUUUUUGUUUGUUUGUUUGUUUGUUUUGUAAUUAAGGAAAGUUAGCGUGUUACUGUAUUUUUAUAUUCGAGUUGUUAUUCUAAUUACAUGUACACUACUACUAGUUUGUAUUAUAUUUUGUUAACCAGGUUAUCGUAUUGUCGGUAUUCUGCGCAUUACGAUAAAGCGGCGAUCUGUGUUUUCAUUUUCA